AUUAAAAAGUCUUAACGCCCACAACGAAAAGGAACUUCUCUUUUUGUUUGGUGACUGAAUCGGUGGAAAACAACACAAGUUUGUUCCUUUUUGUCUCUCCAGAUCCCUUGGCUUCCUUCUUCUUCUUCAUCCUCCUCGUGAGACUCUGUGUUGAAAUUUCUCUAGGGUUUUAAUUAUCGGCGUUGGUUUUUCGUUUUUGAGAAUUUGAUUUCGUUUUUAGAAAUAAUGGGUGAUUGGGCUCAACUUGCUCAGUCUGUGAUCCUAGGUUUGAUUUUCUCUUACCUUCUCGCUAAGCUGAUCUCGAUCGUCGUCACGUUUAAAGAAGACAAUCUCUCUCUUACUCGUCACCCAGAGGAGUCUCAAUUGGAAAUUAAACCGGAAGGAGUUGACUCGCGACGUCUCGAUUCCUCUUGCGGUGGUUUCGGUGGUGAGGCGGAUUCGCUUGUGGCGGAGCAGGGUAGCUCCCGAAGUGAUAGCGUUGCCGGUGACGACAGUGAGGAAGAUGAUGAUUGGGAAGGCGUCGAGAGCACGGAACUCGAUGAGGCUUUUAGCGCCGCCACUCUUUUUGUGACUACCGCCGCCGCAGAUCGGCUUUCGCAGAAGGUACCGAGUGAUGUGCAGCAGCAGCUUUACGGAUUGUAUAAGAUUGCUACGGAAGGGCCGUGUACUGCUCCUCAGCCAUCAGCUCUCAAAAUGACUGCUCGUGCCAAGUGGCAAGCAUGGCAGAAACUGGGAGCUAUGCCACCUGAAGAGGCGAUGGAGAAGUAUAUUGAGAUUGUCACUCAGCUUUACCCAACUUGGUUAGACGGUGGCGUGAAAGCCGGAAGUCGGGGUGGGGAUGAUGCAGCCUCCAACUCAAGAGGAACCAUGGGACCAGUUUUUAGCUCUUUGGUUUAUGAUGAGGAGUCCGAAAAUGAGUUGAAGAUUGAUGCCAUACACGGAUUUGCUAGAGAAGGAGAAGUCGAGAAUUUACUGAAAAGCAUUGAAAGCGGCAUUCCUGUAAAUGCAAGGGGUUAGUCUCUGCUUGUAUAUUCCGUUUCUUGGAAGUUCAUUCUCGUGAUGUUGGAUCUGCAUUCUAAUUUUCCCAUAAACUGCAGACAGUGAAGGUCGCACACCAUUGCACUGGGCUAUAGACCGUGGCCACCUCAACAUCGCCAAAGUUCUGGUCGAUAAGAACGCCGAUGUGAAUGCUAAGGACAACGAAGGCCAAACCCCUUUGCAUUAUGCUGUUGUAUGCGACAGAGAAGCUAUCGCCGAGUUUCUGGUUAAACAGAACGCAAACACAGCCGCUAAAGAUGAGGAUGGAAACUCUCCCCUUGAUCUCUGUGAAUCAGACUGGCCCUGGAUCCGAGAUUCUGCAAAGCAGGCAGACUAAACAAAUACUAACCACGUCUUCUCUAAAUCCGCAAUGUAUAUGAUCAAAUGACUUAGUAAGAAGCUUUUCUUUACUUUAAACUUUCUUUCCAUCCCUACCACAUCACUGGGAUGUUCCAACACUAUAUCACUUGGAUGUUACCAAGUCUUGUUCUUUGAUUUCUUUCUUCUUACAUUUUAACAAUCUUUUGUUCCUUUAGGCUUUAUGAUAUGUCGUAACCGGUUUUGUUGGUUUGCUAUAAAUACACACAUAUAGACA